AUUCACUCUGUCUGGUCUCCCACAGUACAUAGAACAUGUGAAUGCAAUUAUUUUAGUAAAUAUAAACUACUAAAUACCUUUUCUCCUUCAAUCAGUGUUCAGCAAAGCACUGGUUAAAGCUUGUGGGAGUAGUUUUCUUUCUUCUCUAGGAGGAUGCAAAACCCAUGACCUCUGUCUGGACAGUUCUGAUUGGCCCUGUGCUGAUCACAUGCACUCUCUCAAGAAAAAAACAAAACCUCUCUAGCAAUACACAACUGAGCAUGAGGGGGACAUUGGAAGAAGGAGGAUCAGAGAAGUCAGGAUCAAACAGCAUUUUUAAACAAUGCAGAGGAUUAACCCCUUAGGUUCCACAGUGAGUAUAACAAGCAUACUUUACUGCAUAUACAGACUGAUUUAAC